AUGCAAUCGCCGCAACAACAUAGCUCCAGUAUCGUGAACACUGCGCACGAGUUCCUCAUUCGCGGCAUCAGGUUCUUUGCAGCUCUCUGUGGUCGCAAACCAGCAAAGAAUAGAUUGACCUACGAGUGGGAAAAACGACUUGCAUACGCUGGAGAGGAGCACGAGGCUGAAGACGGCGAAGCUGCUAGAGAUGAACACGACAUGCACACUUUACAAAAAGUUCUCCAUCUACACAUCUUCUUCCCCACACUCAACCACGACUCAUCAGCCGACAUCAUGGCGGACUCGAACGAACGGAACGAAGAAAGCGAUCACGACAAUCGCCCCAUUGCCCCCGACACAGUCGCUCGUCUUCGCGCUGCCAUCGCCAGCAAUCCUCGUCAAUCGACUUCUGUUCUGGUCACUGCUCUUCUGACCAUCUGUCCUGCGCUACUCACCGGACCGCUUCUCUCCCUGCUGGGUUUCGGCGGCCUGGGUCCCGCUGCUGGUGGCCUCGCUGCUGGCUUCCAGAGCAUCUUCAGUACCCCCUGGCUCUUUCGUGUCCUUCAAAGCGCUGCUAUGGGUGGAUGGGGUUCUGCUCUGGUUCAGAGCAUCGUUUGUGCUUUCUCAGCUGGUGGCUUGGUUCUUGAGUUGAUUGAGAAGAUCUUGGGUCGUGAAGGAGAGAGAGCUGAUGAGGACGAUGAUGGAGGCGAUGAAGAGUAG